AUGUCGUACGACGAGGUGGAGAUCGAGGACAUGGAGUGGAACGAGGAAUUGGGGGCGUUCACCUAUUCCUGUCCGUGUGGCGACCUUUUCCAGAUUACUCUUGAGGAGCUUAAAAAUGGAGAGGAGAUUGCAAGAUGUCCAAGCUGCUCUCUUUUCAUCACAGUCAUCUAUAAUUCCGAGGACUUCCAGGGAGAUGGCCCUGGAAAAGUGGAGCCCGUGGGUCCAGAGGGUGUUUUAGUGGCCUAG